CCCACGGACGAAUGAAUGGGCCUCGCGCCCGGAUGAACAAUGGACAAUGGACAAUGGACAAUGGACAGUGGACGAUGCGCCUACGGGCAGUUUGGCUGAGCCGCUGGCUCUUGUCGGUGACUAACUGGCCCGUCGGGGCAUGUAUGUAUUCGCGAUUGCCCGUCACCGUGUCGUGCCCGCGUGCCAUGGGGAUGCCCUAAUCGCGGGACUGCGUGUACAGACGCCAGACAUCAAGCCCAGCUGCUUCUGUCCUACUCUGUCCAUUACACUAUGAGCCAGUCAAAUAGACAGCCGUUUAUGACAUUCGGGCGGCCUCUGGGCAAACAGCCACGCGAUCCCGAGACCACACAUGCCGCCCCGCCGCGUAAACGUGCUUUUCUCUUCAGUAAAUCUAAUCUUGGUCAGAGCACCGCACCGGCCCAAGCGCCAGUACUGCCAAAGCGGCCCCCAAUUCUGACAGCGGCCUCCACCUCAGCAGCCUCCUCGUCCGGAGCUGCCCAGAUCGCUGCGCGGCGUGCGACGGAGGCUAACCGGUCGCAGCCGUUGCCUUCAGGUGGGCAAGACAUGGACUCCGAAUUCGAAGGGGGGGCCUCCUCCACGGGGGGGUCAUCAGCACCGCCUCCUCAGCCCCCGCCCCGUAUGCGCGGCCGGCUUAAGCAGAACUACUCUUUCUGGAAGACAUUUGUGCGCUCCCAGCUGGUGUUGUCCUGGAUUCUGGCGGGUUUCCCUCUGAAAUGGGCGGAUGGCCCGCCUGCGCCAGUGUGGCUCGCCAACCAUUCAUCUGCCUACGAGCACACGGGCUAAGUGGACUCCGCUAUUGCAGACUUAGUUGCCACGGGGGCUGCCGAGCCCGUCGAUGUGCAGCCGACUUGCGUUCUUCCGUUGGGCGUAGUGCCCAAGAAAGGCACAUCUAAAUAUCGCCUUAUCUUUGACGCCCGAUACAUCAACGAGCAUUUGGUUGUGCCCAGCUUCCAGUAUGAGGGCCUCUCCGCACUACCCGAGAUACUGCAACCUAACGAUUUUCUAUUCACUGUGGACCUGAAAUCAGGCUAUCAUCACAUCGAUAUGCACCCCGACGCCUGGCCAUACUUAGGCUUCGAGUGGCGCGGUCAGUUUUUCCGUUUCGUUCAGCUGCCAUUCGGCCUGGCGCCGGCUUGUUGGGUGUUCACGAAGGUAACCCGCGAGUUACAACAGUAUUGGCGCGCAGAUGGUCACCGCUGCGCUCAGUAUAUCGACGACGGGCUGCACGCCCACCAGGACCGCUCAGCCCUCUCGCAAUGGCAAGCACGCGUUCUAUCAGACCUGGACAACUGUGGUUUCUUGGUCAGCACGGACAAAUGCUCAUUGGAACCCGAACAUCGCAAGGAAUUCCUCGGCGCCACGGUGGACACCGAGGCAGGGCGCAUGUGGGUACCGGAAGGAAAGCGUGUUGCUGCCCGGGCGCGGGUGGCCUCCGCUCUCGCUGCCUACCAGGCGCACGAGACCGUACGCGUUCGGGAUAUUGCCUCCAUUGCCGGGCAACUGCUGUCCAUGUCGUAUUCAUUCGGGAAAAUUGCCGUGCUCAUGACCCGUCGCCUUGGGGCUUGGGUGGCAUCUCACACAGCCAACCUCCCGCCCACCGCAUUUGACCGACACCACCGCCUAGAUGCCUCUUCGGCCGCAGAACUGGAAUUCUGGCUCACCGCCUGGGACCGCUUUGACGGCGCCCGGCCGCUGUGGCGCCCGCCCCAUAUGCUGUCCGUGACCAUCAACACUGACGCAGCGGGCCGUUCAGAUUACCACUUUGGCGGUUGGGGCGGGUGGACCUCCGAACGGGGAGAACUGCGGCUGGCGGCAGGGCAGUGGACCUUUGACACCGCCAAGUUCUCCUCAACGUACCUCGAACUGCGUAGUAUGCUGAACGUACUGGAGGCGCUCAAUCAGGGUGGCCGUUGGGACGGCCAGCGCAUCCUGAUUCGCACGGAUAGCCAACCCGCACGCGAUGUGAUGGCUAAGGGCGGUUCUGUGGUUGCGGCUAUCCAGGACGUGUGCGCGCCGCUUUUGUGGUAUUGUAUUGAGCGCAAUAUUGAUUUGGUACUUGAAUGGGUCCCACGCGAACGUAACGCGCUGGCAGACUCCCUGUCAAAGUGGCAAGACCCACACGGUUGGAAGCUGCAACCCCAGCUGUUUGCGCAACUAGCGGCGCGCUGGGGCCACGAAGGGCGUUUUGCCUUCGACCUGUUUGCAUCUGAUGCUAAUUUCCAAUGCACGCCGUAUUACACGUUUUAUCACUCACCUACCGCUGCGGGGGUAAAUGCUUUCGCAUACGAAUGGCCACAGGGCCCCAAUAUUGCUUGGUGCUAUCCCCCGUUUGGUAUUAUUAGUCGGGUACUCGCCCAUGCCCGCGCAUGCGGUGCCCGGCUGUGCUUAGUCGCCCCCUACUGGCCCCGUGCCGUGUGGUGGCCACAGUUAUUGCAAUCCCGUCAUUUAUUUCAUACGGCGGUGCACGAUGUGUUUGUGUUUGCACCGUCUGCGAAAUUGUUUGUGGUGCCGCCUACGCGCACGCACGUGACUCCCCCGUCACCAACAUGGCGCACGAUCGCACUCCUCUUGGACUUCACUACGGCCUGCGCUAAGCCUGUGCCUGUACCCCGCCUGUAACUGUAACAGUGGUCGCCA